GUGUACCACAUUUCAUUCACUGCAUACAAAUCCAAUAUUCAAUACAAACUAACUACUUUAUAAAACAGACUUGACAUUUACAAAGUACCAGAAGGAAUUAAAAGUCUGAUUGACUUGAGAUAUUGUGGAGAAAAGUUUUAAAGGAAAUAAAAAAGCAGAACAUUUUUUAAACAAUUUGAUUUGUACGUAAUUUUAUAAUACAAGGAAAAUAAAUAAUUAAAAAUGGCAAGCUGUGGUGUAUUAGAUGAGGAAAUGUUGGACAUGAACUCGCCAGAGCUUCAGGCUGUGAAAAACAGCCUCAAGGACCAGAACAUGAAGGUUGGCAUGCACCAGAUCCUCAAGGCCCUUGUGAAGAUGAUGCCGCAGAAUAUCGAGGACACACUUAUUGAAAAUAUAGUGCGGCCAUUUAUACUGAGUGACGAUGACUACAAUAGAAUUAUGGGCGUUAUGCUGGACAACUUUAAUAAAGGAUUGGGAAAAGAGUCAAACAAACAGGCGGCUGUUAAGAUGUUUCAGACAUACGUAAAGUCUGUACCAGAUGGCACAGAGAAGGGAGAUUUCCUUGCCCUUGACUUGGGUGGUACUAAUUUCCGUGUACUUCUGAUCUCGCUGGAUGAGAAAGAAGUGAAGAUGGAGAGCAAAAUCUACCUUAUACCUCAGCAUAUCAUGGUCGGGUCUGGUACACAGUUGUUUGACCAUAUAGCAGAGUGUAUCUUUAAAUUUAUGAAAGACCAUCAGUUAAUGGACAAACACUUGCCACUGGGUUUCACGUUCUCGUUCCCCUGUCGACAGGAGGGACUCGACAGGGCCAUCCUUACUAACUGGACCAAGGGGUUCAAAUGUGAAGGGGUAGAGGGGAACGAUAUUGUCAAACUACUGCAUGAAGCCAUCCAGAGGAGAGGGGAUAUGAAGGUGAAUUGUUUAGCUGUGAUCAACGACACUGUAGGUGCACUGAUGUCAUGUGCUCACAGUGAUAAUCUAUGUGCAAUAGGUCUUAUUUUGGGUACUGGUACAAAUGCGUGCUACAUUGAGCGAUUAGAAAAUGUUGAAUUAUGGGACGGUGACUGGGAGGAGCCACAGCAAGUCAUUAUCAACACAGAAUGGGGAGCACUGGGAGAUGAUGGAGCCAUGGACUUUAUGAAAACGGAAUAUGACAGAAAAGUCGACAAACAUUCUAUAAAUCCUGGAAGACAGACGUAUGAGAAAAUGAUAUCUGGUAUGUACAUGGGAGAGAUUGUUCGUCUUGUCCUUGCAAAGUUAUGCAAACACGGUCUCUUGUUCGGUGGUCGUGGCUCUGAGGAACUUCAUACUAUGGGGAGAUUCUACACUAAAUACGUGUCUGAAAUUGAAAGUGAUGUAGAUGACCAUUUCAAGAACACAAAACAGGUGUUUGAAGAACUUGGAAUCCCCAGUCAUACAGAGGAAGACUGUCGUAUCGUGCAGCAUGUGUGCUGUCUUAUUUCAACCAGAGCUGCAUACCUUGCUUCUGCAGGUAUCGCUUGCUUGUUGAACAAAAUGAACAGACCAGAUGUUGCUGUUGCCGUGGACGGAUCACUGUAUAGAUUCCACCCACACUUCCAUGAUUUGAUGAUGGAAAAAAUACAGCAGCUUGUAACCCCUGGUAUUAAGUUUCGAUUAAUGUUGUCUCACGACGGAAGUGGAAAGGGAGCUGCCCUUGUUGCUGCUGUCGCCGACAGAGUCAGAAGACAGAAAGAGCAAAAUGCCCUUGCCAGUAAUAUGAACGAUCUUUCGGUUUCUGUAAAUUAUAACCAGACUAAAACUGUUAUAGACCAUCUUGGUUAUUCGAAUAUGAGAUUGUUCUUUGAUCCUAGUGUAAAUUAUUACCAGACUAAAAUUAGUAAAGACCAUCUUGGUUAUUCGAAUAUGAGAUUGUUCGUUGAUCCUAGUGUAAAUUAUUACCAGACUAAAACUGUUAUAGACCAUCUUGGGUAUUUGAAUAUGAGAUUGUUCUUCGAUCCUAGAAUAAACUGUACAUGUGAUAUUUUGAAAAUGUCUUCUUCCAGCUCAGAUUUAGUGGGGAUGUUUAAGGCUACCCCUCGGGCCUCUGUGUCCCGAGGGUCAAUGAUGAAUAAACAAAUUAAAGGACUGACUAUAGACGAGGUUAAAGAAUCACUUUUCGGGCUUUUACCGGAUUAUACCGAUUUUGUGAAUGACAACAUCAUCAAGCCAUUUUGUCUGUCAGAUGAAGACUAUAACAAAAUACAAAAGCUGUUCAAUGAGAACCUUGACUUUGGCCUGGAUAAAGCUACACACGAUCAGGCCAAGGUCAAAAUGUGGCCAAGUUUCGUUCGGGAUGUUCCAAAUGGCACAGAAACGGGGAAAUUCAUUGCCUUGGAUUUUGGUAGCCAUCAUCUUAAAAUCGAGGUAGUCUGUUUCGACAACGGGAAAUGUGACGUAGACAGUCAGAACGGCUUCGUUCCAAAUAAAAUCAUGCAACACGGCAAUGCAGAAACGUUGUUCGAUUACCUGGUGACCUUUAUGCACCGUUUCCUGAAGAAGAGGGAUCUUCUCAACACACCUGAACCGAUACCGAUGGGUUUUACGUUUGCUUUUCCCUGUCAGCGACUGUCAUUAACAAAGGCUGUCUUGGUAAGGUGGACAAAGAAUAUGCACUGUGACGGUGUUGUUGGUGAAGAAGUUGUAGGACUACUUGAAGCGGCUAUAAAAAGAAAAGGGGAGAUGAACAUUGUGAUAGAUGCAGUUGUAAAUGAUACUGUCGGCACGUUGAUGUCAGGAGCGAUUGAAGAUCCAAAAUGUGCAAUAGGAGUUAUAUUGUCAAAAGGAGUAAACGCAUGUUACGUAGAGAAGUUGGAGAAUGUUGGCACGUGGGAAUGGGAUAAGGAUGAUCCUAAACAGGUUAUUAUAGACACAGAGUUGCUGGAAUUUGGUUCAGACGGUUGUUUAGAGUUUAUUACUACGGAGUAUGACAGACAGGUGGACGAACAUCACCACAAGGGGAAGGGAAUUUUUGAAAAGAUGAUAUCCGGUCAGUAUUUAGGAGAGCUAGUUCGUCAGGUUCUACAAAAACUUAGGGAUUGUGACAUAUUGUUUCAAGAUCAUUGGACUGAAGAGCUAGGAACUAGAGAAAGAUUUUAUACAAAAUAUGUUUCCGAGGUCCUCAGUGAUGAGGAUAUUAGGUUCACACGUACAAGGGCCGUAUUCGAGGAUGUCAGUUUGACCUGUGCGACCGAGUUUGAAUGCCGUGUUUUACACCAUAUUUGUCAGAUCGUGUCCACACGUGCAGCUACGUUUGUUGCACUAGCUGUAGCAACUUUGAUUGAUCGAGUUGGUCGGUCGGAGGUUGGGAUAGCUAUAGAUGGUGCACUGUACAGAUUUCAUCCGCUCUUCCACGAUCUUCUCAUGGAGAAAAUACCACAAUUUCUUAAACAAGAAACAAAGUUUUGGUUGGUGCCAUCGGUUGAUAGAUGUGGAAAGGGGGCGGCUGUAGCAGCGGCGGUUACAGAACGAUUGAAGCGCAAGGAAUAAAUGAACAUAUUUUGAGUUGUGAGCCCGGUGGACGUGCAUAUUGUGAAAGUGAUUUUCGCUGAAGUUUUGUUAUUUAAUAGCAAGGUUCUGUUUGAUAUUUCACUAUGAGUUUACUUAACUGAUAUGCGAAUAUAUAAGUAGGGUUUGAGAAUGUGCAAGUGUGUGAGUACUUUAUGGAUAAGUCAACAGAUAAAUUCUAGCGUCUUUGUUGUCUGCACCUAACAUAAAAGUUAUAUAGCGAUGUAGACGUUGGUGUGUUUUAUAAUUAUUUCUAAUACAUGUAUGCUUAAUUUCGAAUUAUUUGCCCACACACACACCGCUGUUCUUGAUUACAGCUGUUAUUGUUUCUACCCUGGUGCCCGCAUGUAAUGAAAUGAUACCCGGAGGUGCACCAGAGGGUUCUGUCCACCAUCAAACGCUGGAAAGUCGCCAUAUGACCUUUAAUUGUGUCGAUGUGAUGUUAAACCCAAUAAACAUGUAUACUGAUGCAGACCAAUCAAAAACUUUAUCUAUUUACUAGUAGUAAAUCGACAUGAGUGUUUGACAGGUGUAACCUCUGCUUAUCGAACUGCGUAAUGAUGACGUCUUUUAUCAUAUUUUUCAUUUUUCCUGAAAAAGUAUCAGCUUUUCUUCCAAACAUCAACAGAGAGAGUGCAAAAUUUACAUAUUGACCACCGUCAGUAUUUAUUAACCAGCUCGAUAUAUUUGAAUCUACGAAAUCGACCGCUUUCAUCAGAUACUUGGUCACCAACAUGAUAUAAAUUAUCCGAAUCUAAGUAACGAAUUUCUUACUUACAUAGGACACAUUAUAAAUAAUUUGGACAAUAAUAACUGUUAGGAAAUCCAGAAGCUUUAUUUCUUAUAUACAAGAAACUGGAAACUCUCGACGCGGUCAUUUAUUGAUCGCAGUUUAGGCUUUUUAGCCCACCAUCAUCAGAUGGUGGGCUAUUCAAAUCACUCUGCGUCCGUGGUCCGUCGUCCUUCCGUCCGUCCGUCCGUCCGUCAUUCCGUCCGUCCUUCCGUUAACAAUUUCUCGUUAUCGCAUCUCCUCAGAAACUACCAGGGGGAUUUUGACCAAACUUUGUCAGAAUGAUGUAUUGGUACCCUAGUUGUGUCCCCCUGAAAAUCAGACUGGUUCAACAAUUUUUGAAUGAGUUAUGGCCCUUUGUUUAUUUCUAUAAUUUACAUAGAUUUAUAUAGGGAAAAACUUUGAAAAUAUUCUUGUCCAAAACCACAGAGCCUAGGGCUUUGAUAUUUGGUAUGAAGCAUCAUCUAGUGGUCCUCUACCAAGAUGAUUCAAAUUUUUUCCCUUGGGUCUAAUUUGGCCCCGCCCCGGGGGUCACAUGGUUUAUAUAGACUUGUAUAGGGAAAAACUUUGAAAAACCUCUUCUUCAAAACCACAGGGCCUAGGGCUUUGAUAUUUUGUUUGUGACAUCAUUUAGUGGUCUUCUGCUAAGAUUGUUCAAAUUAUCCCCCUAGGGUCAAAUAUGACCCCGCCCUGGGGGUCACAUGGUUUACAUAGACUUAUAUAGUGAAAAACUUUGAAAAUUUUCUGGUCCAAACCAUAAAGACUAGGGCUUUGGCAUUUUUAAUGUAGUGGUUCUCUACCAAGUUUGUUCAAAUUAUCCCCUUAGGGUCAAAUAUGGCCCCGCCCUGGGAGUCACAUGGUUCAUAUAGACUUGUAUAGGGAAAAGCUUUUAAAAUCUUCUUGUUAAUAACCUACAACAUUCAGAUUUGGACCACAUGUAUGGUUUUGAGUGGCAAGAUGAACCUUGACAUGAGUUGACCUUGAUUUUGACCUAGUGACCUACUUUCACAUUUCUGUAGCUACAGCCUUCAAAUUUGGACCACAUGCAUAGUUUUGUGCACUGAAAAAAACUUUGACCUUGACAU